UGGGCGACAGAAUCAAGGAAACAGGAGUCGCGGGCACAUUGGAGACCAAUUAUCUUAAUGGAGUCGCAGAUGAAUGAAAAAGAGAUGGGCCUCUAAUAAGAAACGGAACUAAAUAUUGACUCGAAUGAGCGCGGCCGCUCGACUGAAAGACACGGGCCGUGAACAAUCCCCCUGUUCUUCAAACGCUUCCAUUUUAAUAAAGUUUGUAGGGAUCAAUCUGUAAACUACUCCAGUCUCAUAUCUUUCUGUAAUGAUUCAAAUUGGACUCUGCGAAAUUGAAAUCAGCGCGGUAAAGACCAAGGAUUUGAUCGCCAAUGUCUGAGUCGGGCGGAAACGACGAUGUUAAGGGUCGAGCGGGUCUCGGGUCGUUGUUGCAGGUGCGCAAGUCGCAAGGGAUGCCCGACUUAUUCGCCAUCUGACGGAUGUGCGCUCAAGGUGCGGCGGCAUUAUCCUAUAAAGACGUUGAAGCGGGACGCGCCCCAAAGGUGCCCCUACCGUCGGCGUCGGGUUUGGCCAACAGAAUGUGUGUGUCUCUGUCUGUGCGUGUGUAGAUAUGUGUGUCUCUCUCUCUUGACGAUCCGCCACCCUCCUCCCUUCCCUCCCUCACCCUCCCAUCACCCCCGACGAGUAUAACCACCCACCCAACCUCUCGCCGUCCUCCAUCUCUGUUGGCUCAUACUUCGGGAUGUGGUUCGGCGGGCACCCAGCGAUGGGAAUCAGUUUCACUGGCGACUCGUCGGACGGCGGACGCGUCGGGCGAAUCCAUCCACCCAAACACAAGUCAACGCUGCCGUGAACGAAGAGUCCCGCAAGAACCUGAAACACACCCCAUCGAAAAAACAAGAAAGCAGAAAAAGAAAAAGAAACAAUCGAACGUGUUUCGUGUAGGCCAGUGCAGACCGAACGAGAGAGAGAGAGUGUGUGUGUUGCCGCAUGAAAGAUAUUGCCGAGUUCUUUCCAGAAACGAACUUUGUAAAUAACCGAAAAGCGUAUAUACGAGGCUGUGUGUGGAUUGACGAACCUAUCGUGCCAGUGAGAUGUCAGCGACACGUGCGGCAACGGUUUGUGAACGACGGAAUCAGCAGCCCCACUCGUAAAAAAAGAAAGAAUUUUGCUGUCAUCCGUAAUCUUGUGGGUGGCGGAUGAGACAGUGGAACGACCGCCUCCAAUUUGGAAAUUUCUCCGGCGUCGUGUCUGUUAUAAGAGCGUGUUUUCUCCGGGUUCAUAGAGAGAAAUUUCGCGGCUGUGUGUUUGUGCGUGUGUAUGUGUAUAUACAGUAUAGGUGUGUCGUCCAUGUGUUUCCCUCCCAAUGUGCGAAUCGACUUGACGUGGGCGUCUAUUUUUAAAAACUGAGUUUAUAUUCCUCUUGUCCAAAUUCCGCUCUUCUUUCGCCACUGUCGCUUUCUGGAAGAAAAGCUUACAGUUUAAAGUCGGCCAACGGCACAGCAUUCUGAUCCGUCAGUCUCGGCCUUUUCCACGUCCAACGGGCACCUUCCACAGCGCAGCAUCAAACGCCAAGCCGAAGGAGCGGGAGGGCCAGAUGCCCCGGAAUCAUUCACGCCGCGUGUUAUUCUAGUCGUUCCGCGUGCUGCUCUGUUGUUGUCUGUGUAUGUGUGUUGACCGGGUCAACCACUCACCAUCCGCCCCCGACAUUUCAGAAUUUCUUGCCAGUCAAAACACAAAACAAAAAGUUGCUUAAUAAUAUGCACGUACACGAAUCGAAAUAGAAAGAAAAUAAAAAUAAAACCCAACCUUAACAAAAAAACGCCUUCGGUAACAUAGAACAAGAAAAAGGUUUCCAGGCAAAAAGAAAAUAAAAGAAUUGAUCGAACAAUUGAUUCGAAUUCACUUUGGCAAUGAACGAUCAAAAAGUGAUUUGAAUAGCAUCCGUUGUGCGUGAAGCAGGAACGUGCUUAAGUGUUUGAAUAUUUUGGUGGGAGGGUGGCGGUGGUAGUUCCCCGGGAAAGAAAAAAAGACGAUCGCGGGGAAAACGUUAUUUCCCUCCCGCAGUUCGUCGGCCGUAACCGUCAGUCUUGUAUACAUUUUUCCCCUGCUCCCGGUCUUCUUACUUAUACACGUAUGAUUUCAUUCCGUUGUGGUGGUGGUAGUACUGGCUGGAGGUAGAGCGGUCGCGCGCGCGCGCCCCACGGAUGAAUAGACGUCUGCUGGCUGGUCCGGAAUAAUCAAAGAGGUGAAAUCUCUGCAGACGUCGGCUGUUUUGGCGACGACGCAAUAUGUCGAGUGGGCGCCCUUUGCAUAUCUGAAAACAUUUCACGUUGAAAAGAGUCGAAGCGGACAAGAAGCAAAGGAAAAAGCCGAAGUCAAAAAAUAAAUAAAUAAAACAAGAGCGGACCUCUUUUUGGUAGUCACCAAGUUAUUUUUCUUCUUUUUUUUUCACUUUCCUCCUUCUUCUUCUUUGACGUGAACCGAGCGAUUCCGAAGGCGGCGGCCUACAUACUCAACGUUCGCCUGAAGUAGCGCUCCAAUGGGAAUACCGUACUGACCUCUCGUUCAAAGGCAUCCGAAUUGUCGUUGGCUUUUUCCUUGGACGAAAUUCGAGAUCCGUCAAGUGGCGAAGAUCGACAGAGAGAAGAGUCCGCGAUUCCGUGCCCGGAAUAAUAACAAAAUCUACAAUCCAAGUGGCAUGUCCACGGCGCUACUCCGAGAAAGAAAGAAACUGCAACAACAGAAAAUGACCGUAGUGUACCUCGAGUGACAAUGUCAACCACUCAAUUGGUCAAGAGUCCGGCAGUCAGCUCACGUGAGGUGUGAGAGGAGGGAAAUUUAUCCUUUUUUCGUGUGUGCCUUUCUGUGCCAAAAAAAAGGGGAGAAAAAAGGAGAUAAUAAUUGAACGAUAAACGGUGGCCGAGAUCGUCGACCAUGUUGCGUGCCCGCAAAAAGGAUGUGCGCAUCAAGCCCAACCGAAAGCUGGACAAGCGCUCGUCGCGCGGGAUGCUCUACGAGAACGAAGAGCUUCGCCUCCGCACUAUCGAGAUCAACGCCGAAGUGGAACGCGGCCAGACGGAUAUUAAAAAACUCCGCAGAGAGAACGACCACCUACGACGGGAGAUGUGGGCAUUGCGUGACGAGUACGAGAGACUCGAGAAACUCAUCAAGCACCUCGACCUGGCCGGCACCGGGUCGGAGCACCACCAUCACCGCGGCCAACAUCACUCGGACGGCGAGGGCGGCGGAGGCACCGGAAGGGAAGAUUAUGACGAAGAGGACGACGACGACGAAGACAGGGCCAGUCAGCCAAGUCUCAAUGGGCGCAACAGCAACUCGGAGGGCAGCGAGGAUGACGACAGGGAAGCCGACGACACUGAACCGGUCGACGGAGUACCGAUGGGCAUAAGCCGCAGCAAAUCCCAAACGGCCAUGUCCAGUUCCGACUUCCAUCAUUCAACCUCGGCUCCAGCCUCCGCUAAUUCGAAACUCGACUCUGCGUGCUACUGCCACGACGCCACAUUGGCCUCCGCUAAUUGUGACCUACAUCGGAUCUCGGGACUCGGCGGGGCCGUCUACGUCGAGUGCGGCAAUCCCGACAAGGAUAAUAUCGAAAAUUACCAGAAAGCUUACGGCAGAAUGCCCAGGCGUUGCAGUUCGGCAGGUGCCAAGGUCUACGUCUCCACUCAGCACUUUCAUCCGCACACAUCCGCUCCGGCUGCGCCCGCUUCCUCGUCGGCGGCGGCGGCGGCCGACGCCAGCAGCCGCGUUUGCUACGAAAGUCUCUCGGCCGUCAAGAGCCGGUACAGCACGAGCGGGAUGGAAGACGAGGACGGUUACGCGGCCUGCUCUCAUCCGGUUCGCGUCGAUUUGCGAGAGUUCCUCCACCCUGUCGAGCACCCGUCCGGCUGCCCCAACCACUUCUCGGUGGAAGCGGGUCACGGCAUGAUGCCUCCGAACACUCCUCCGCCGCCCAUUCCGUCCCCAGUGACCCCGACCACCAUCACGACGGCCAUCCACCAUCCGGCCCGCAGGGGAGACGAUCUGGCAGUCGAUGAAGGUGAAAGCAGCGGUGUCGAUCCGGACGACGAGGGGCCCUCGAACGCCAUCGUAAGUGGAGCCGGCUUUCCGCCGGACACGCCCAGCGAGGACGGCGAAUUCAAUUUGGACCAUCUGGUCAACAUCGUGCGCAGCUUCCAGCAGGAGCAGCAGCUCCAUCAAAGCGGUUUGAUCGUGGCCACCUGUUCAGGUUCACCGCCGACGCCCACGUCGCCGGACGUUUUGGUCGAAGAGGCGGAAGACGACGCGUCCAGCAACCGCUCCUCCAGCCCCGGAGCCAGCGGAAUGGCCACGAUCAAACGUCGGCCACUGUCGUCUGGCAACGCGCAGCAACAGCAGCGCCAUCGACAGAUGGCCAUCAUCGAAAAAGAGUCGGCGGGCGGUCGAUCGGCAGUGGAUGUCGUAACAGAGAUGAUGCGAUCGCCAAGGGCCAUUGCGGAAUCCUCAUCGACGGAUGUGUGCGGUAGUAGCGGAAGAGCCACCGGAUGGUCAUCGGUGCCACAGCGCCGGAAUUCCUUUUCCUCCUCAACAUCUUCGUCGGCUUCCGGCUCUCCAACGGCCACCCAUUCCAGCACUGUCGUCUUCCUCAACAACAACAACAACAAUACCAACAACAUCAAUAACAAUAAGAAAUUGGCCGGAAGUAGCGGCUAUUUGGGGAGUGGGCGUGGCGGCAGCCUCGUUCAGGGUCCCGAUACGACCAUGGCCGUGACGGCCACAACAUUUUCGACGACAACGACGACGACCAUCGACGGAAUCGUCGUCACAUCGACGCGGAAGAGCUCGUCGCCCAUCCGAAUUGUCCACCCGUCGCACGUGUUACCUCUGCCGCCGCCGCCCGUGUCCAGCUACGACGUUCCCAGAGCGCUGGAACCUGCGGCCAUGAUGGCGACUCAUCAAGGCCAGCAAGGAGCGGGCCAGCACUCUUACGGUGGCGCCCUGAGUCGACGGCGGGCGGAUGAGACAGGGCGAGGGUUGGGCGAUGGAAACUGUUUGAGUGUCUAUCCGCUGCCGGACGGCGAUGCAUCCGCCUCGCUGCUCCGCCUCCACGCCGUCGACCCGCAUACGGUCAGCUUCGAUUUGAAGGAUCUGACAGCGGCUCGGUCCGUCACCGUUCAGGAGGUGAUCGAUCAGCUGGAGCAGCAGCUGGACCCGACUCGCUGUCAUGUCCGUGGUGUCCGCAUGCUGGCCGGCUCGCUCUUCUUUAUUAGUCUCGACUCGUUCCGCUCCCUCCAAUAUCUGCUGCGGCAUUCGUUUCGACUCAGGGGCCAUCGCGUUCGGCUGACGGACGUUUCGGCUCAGACGUGGAUCGUCUCGCUCAGCGGCGUCCCGCACUACAUCAGCGACGCCACCGUCUCGCUGCUAUUGGCUGCAUUCGGGACGAUAGUCGGCGACGUUGAGCGCCGAUUCUUCCACGGCGUCGACACCGGGGAGCGGCUUGUCCGCUUCCGGCUGAAAGGGCACGCCAAAUUGCCCAGGCACAUCACUGUCGGCGGCUGCCGCAUUCAAGUCCGACGAAUGUCACCGGCGCCAAACUCAUCUCAACGCGAUCUCCAUUCCGACAUGGGCGGGUUCGGCCCGGGACCCGUCAACACCUUGAAUCCGACCGGAAUGAAUCGACGCAUUCGACUCGACUCUCAAGCCGAUGACGACAACUCGACGGACUUUGCGUUCAGUUCGACGGCGCCGGAACCGGCAACUUCGUCAGCCGUGACAGGAGAGAGCCAUUACGGAACCAUACAAUCCAAUUCGGCGGAUUCGGGUCGAAAAUCCGGGCCGAAAAUCGGGCGAUCAUUCGAGUACCGAAGUCAAUUGCGGGUCGAUUUGAGAAUGUCGGCUGAAGUGCCCGUUCCUUCGCUGCUGAGCGAAGAUCCGCCAUCGUCGUCAACAGGAACGGCAGCCACGGUCCUUGUGGCCCAGGGCAAUCGAGUUUCGACGACGCCCAACUGCCCGGUCUGCGAGCAGCAGCAGCACAGCACUCUGGCUCAGUCGACGCCGGGCGGAUUACAGCCGCAAAUUCGACCGCAAUUGGCGACACCUCAACCGACAUCAGCCCCGCCGAUGGUCAUCCAUAGGUGCCGGCAUCACGAGUCCGGCGUCGUUGGAUCUCCUGUCGGGCCGGGCAUUCCGGUAGCGGUUCCCUCGGCGGUGCCGUCGGGCGAAGGUCGAGUCCAUCGGGAGUCUCCGCCCAAAUCGCGAGUCUCAGUCAACUUUGACGAGACGGCGGCCAUAUCUUCCGGAAGUCGAAUCAGCUCCGGGACCGGAACCAGUCGGCCAAGUAAUACGAAAACAUCCACGUCAACCUCGUCUAAUGGGAUCCUACGGAAGAGCGUCUCUGGCGAGGAGCCUGCGACUGAGAGCGGAAAUGACGGAAGCAACUCUGCGACCGGAUCCACGGAUGGCGGUCAGGGCAAAGGCAAGAACGGACUCCGACUGGGCGCCGCCAAAAAGACGGCCCGCAGCUUCUCGCUCGUCGACACCUUCCGGGUGAAUAAAGAGCGCCGCAAGCCAGUUGUCCGCGUCGAGACCGUCAUUGAGAACACUUCGGCUGCCAAUCCGGAGGAAGGCGUGCGGACGCUGGUCGUACGGCGGGAUUCGACCGAAAGCAGCAGCCGGAGUAGUCGAAGCAGUCGCAAGAGCAACGAGCUGCCUUGGUGCGGAUGCUGGGGCAACGGAUGCCUCUAGAAGAGAGAAUGAGAGAGAGAGCAAGUCGCAUCAUAGGGAAUAUUCCGCCGCAGAGAAGAUUCAGCCAAAAGCCAAAAGACUUGGCUCCUUCUGCGAAGGAACCGGGACUGCCAGCAGCGGAGAAAAGAGGAAAAGGAUAAGAUAGCUCGACGAAAGGGGUAUAGUGGAUGAUGAUGGCGGAGGCAGAAGAAGAAGAAGAAGAAGAAGAAGAAGAAGAAGAGAAGCAGAACACCAUAGCACCGAGAUCCAAGUAAAGGCGUGCGAGAAAGACCACGGACGUCGGCGUUCCAAUGUUUUUGGCACGAUGGCGCCGUCCUAUCCAUCAUCUGGCUGCCGGAAUGCUGAUUGGGAUAUUCAAUGUGAAUGCGUGGCGCUGGCGGGUAUCGCGCGGCAAACUCAAACACGUCAAAAGCCAAACAACAAAACGAGCACAAAAAAAUGAAAAAAUCUAAAAGCCAAGCGCACAAAAAAAUCGGUUGGAUGUUUAUCAGGGCGUACGAGAAAGCCGAAUAGAAGCGACGCGGACAAGCAAAGAUUUUGUGCACAGACCAGCGAACCCAAAGAUCACAACGCCACUACACCAGCCCUCUCCCAUACACAGAAAAUCACGCCACGACAACAACAACAACAACAACAAAAAAAUAUUGCAUCCCGGACGGACAAGGCCAGCAGUGGUACGUCAAAAUGCGCUCGCAAACAAAACUGAAAAAAAAAAAUGAGCAGCGGGAAUCGAAAAGAGAAAAAUAAAAAAAAAUUGCAGAUGGAUCCAUCAAAUGCCACAACUGCGUGAAAUACCGAAUGCUGGCAGGUGCCAUGGAUGUUUCAACGGGCCGCCGCCGUCGACAGAGUCCGCCGGCCCGCCGCGCGUCCCUUUAGACUUGCGAUUCCAUGUUCGAUGCGACAGUUCCAUUCUCCAGUCGGCUGCCUCCGUAUUUGAAGAAAGUCCAAAGUUCUCCAAACAAAAACUCAAGCCAAAUAAAUAACGCAACGAAAAUUCUAAAUCGAACAGCAGCAGCAGCAGCAUCCGUGCGACGUCAUUCGAUAAAACAGCAUCGUCAAGAUAUUCCACUGUAUAUACACACACACACACUCGCUAGUAGACGACGUUCGGGCUUGACGCUAAAAAAUAAUACGCAAAUGGUGAGGCAAGACCAAGAAGGAGAAUGGGAAUCCAGUCGAUCAAGAAAAGGAAUACUCGGAAUCAAAAAAAGAAAAAGGGAACGAUACAAAUAAUAAAAACAAAAAACAAAA